CUCGCGAAAACGCUGGCUCAACAACGGUUGACCACAAUUAACAAGCCGCGUUUGCCCGCAACGCUCCGGUAUUACACGAUUGCUAGACAUUCACUUGUCUGAGCAACCAUUCUCAUAACGUAGCUCGUGGCAAAAAGUCCACGAGCGCGUCACCACGACGUCGUCAAUUCCUUCUUUUCUCUUCGCUUCUACCUUACCCCUCCUUCGAACCCCCGCAGCUAGCUCUGCGUUUCUCAGGAAGCCGUUGCUUGAUUGCGCGCUCGUCUACAUCCCCACUCGUCACUACAGCAGAAGAAACAAGAUGGCUCCCAAGAAGCCCGUGGUCGAGGAGAAGAUCCUCCUGGGUCGUCCCGGAAACAAUCUGAAGAGCGGCAUUGUUGGGCUAGCAAACGUUGGCAAGUCCACGCUCUUCCAGGCCAUCACCAAGUGCAACCUGGGUAACCCUGCAAACUUCCCCUAUGCUACUAUUGAUCCUGAGGAGGCACGCGUCAUCGUCCCUGACGACCGCUAUGACUGGCUGUGCGAGAAGUACAGCCCCAAGUCGCGGGUGCCUGCCAACCUUACAGUUUAUGACAUCGCUGGCUUGACCCGUGGCGCCUCAACAGGAGCCGGUCUCGGCAAUGCCUUCCUGUCUCACAUUCGCGCUGUCGAUGCUAUCUUUCAGGUUGUGAGGUGUUUCGACGAUGCCGAGAUUAUCCACGUCGAGGGCGACGUGGAUCCGGUUCGCGAUCUCGACAUCAUCAGCGAGGAGCUACGGCUGAAGGAUAUCGAGUUCGUCGAGAAGGCGCUCGAGAACCAGAAGAAGAAGACCCGUCAGGGCGGCCAGUCUCUCCAGAUGAAGCAAUGGAAGGCUGAGGAGGCGACGAUCGAGAAGAUCCUCGCCUGGCUGAAGGAGGGCAAGGAUGUCCGCAAGGGCACCUGGACUCCCAAGGAGGUUGAGGCCAUCAAUCCUCUUUUCCUCCUGUCCGCCAAGCCGGUAGUCUACCUCGUCAACCUUUCGGAGAGGGAUUACAUCCGGAAGAAGAACAAGCAUCUCCCCAAGAUCGUCGAGUGGAUCAAGGAGCAUGCCGCGGGCGACCCCAUUAUUCCCAUCUCAGUCUCCUUCGAGGAGCGGUUGACCCGGUUCGAGACCGAGGCGGAGGCUGCAGAGGAGUGCAAGAAGAUCGGCGCCGAGUCUGCGCUGCCCAAGAUCAUCUUGCAGAUGCGCAAGGCGCUCAACCUGGGCAGUUUCUUCACUGUCGGCCCCGAUGAGGUCCGCCAAUGGACUAUCCGGAACGGCACGAAGGCCCCGCAAGCGGCGGGUGUCAUCCACACUGACUUUGAGAAGACCUUCAUCCAGGUCAUUGUGUACAACUACAACGUCCUCAAGGAGCUCGGCGACGAGUCCGAGGUGAAGUCGAAGGGCAAGGUCAUGACGAAGGGCAAGGACUACGUCGUCGAGGACGGCGAUAUCUUGCUGAUCAAGGCUGGUGCUGCCAAGGCCUAAGGUCGCGCAGCUAAAUGACACAGAGUUUCUGAGACAUGAGUAGGCUGCUGCGCGACCCUCAGUGUAUGAGACCGAGACUGCGUAGCCCGCGGGGUUUGCACCCUGGUUAUGGGGUCUUCGAGCGGUCUGGCUACCUGGGAUCGAUUCCCGGUAGCCGGCGCCUGGACUUUGAAGAGCCGCAAACGGGAUGAAACCUACCUACACAGUAGAUGUACGCUGCGGGUACAUACGGCGCCGCCUCGGCCAGUGACCCGAGGCAGUCAAGCCCACCAAGUCCCAUCCCGCCAUAGCUCAGUGAAACAUAAUAAAGUAAAAAUGAAGACAUUUUAAGCCCAUUGAACUGUGCAUUUGACAAGCCCCAGAACCCACAACUUAAUCACAGAAUUUUCACUCCUCUGUGGACUCGCUCUUGUGGAAUCACUCUUGUGGAAC